AUGAAGUCAUCAAGCACUCUUCUGCUCUUGAUUAGUAUGGCCUAUCUGUUCAUCUCUGCAGUGGCUGUAAGUCAAGGAGGGUCUCAGGCUUUUUGCAGCAAUUAUAUGAAGACAUCAGCAACAGGUAGAGAGUCCUGCACAAAGACUUCUACCCCUGUGUGUGGCACUGAUGGACAAACUUACCCAAAUCCUUGUGAAUUCUGCAAAGCAGCUAUGCUAAGAAAGUUCUGCUAUUCCCUUGUAGUGGUGGUAACGGAAAGUAAACUUGAAUCUGAUAAAGGGUAUAUUUCUGAUCAUUCCCUGGAAUUUGCCAACUUUAAUACUAAAAGAUUUCCACAUGAUUGA